CAUUAGGACGCCAUCUAUGCGCGCUAAAAUGAUUACAUUGAAAAAGGAAAACAAAUGAUCGAUUUCAAUGUAAUUGUAAAUGCAUACAUAUUUAUUUUCACUGGAUAGUGUUUACUAAUAGUUAAACUAUGCCUGGAUAUCUAAGGUAUAUCGAAGUGGACAACUUUAAGUCCUAUGUUGGGCAACAAAGAAUCGGACCCUUUGAUCGCUUCACUGCCAUCAUUGGGCCAAAUGGAUCUGGAAAAUCUAACUUGAUGGAUGCCAUCAGUUUUGUUCUGGGUGAAAAAACAUCCAACUUGAGAGUCAAAAGAAUGAGUGAUUUGAUUCAUGGGGCUCCUGUUGGGAAACCUGCUGCCAACAAAGCUUCCGUGAAUGCUGUGUAUGUAAACUCUGUGAACGGUGAGGAGACACACUUCACACGAGUCAUCCAUGGUUCCUCUUCUGACCAUAAAGUUAAUGGAAAGAUUGUGUCUGCUCAAGACUACGCCAAUGAACUGGAGAAGAUUGGGGUCCUUGUCAAGUCUAAGAACUUCCUGGUAUUUCAAGGCACAGUUGAAAGCAUAGCCAUGAAGAAUGCCAAGGAAAGAAUGGUUAUGUUUGAAGAAAUUAGCAGGUCUGGAGAACUGAAAGAAGAGUAUGACAAAGCAAAAGCAGAGAUGAACAAGGCAGAGGAGGACACUCAGUUUAACUACCACAAAAAGAAAGGCAUCGCCGCGGAGAGGAAAGAAGCCAAGAUGGAGAAGGACGAGGCUGAACGAUAUCAGAAGCUGAAGGAACAGAUCGCAGAGAAGCAGCUGGAGUUACAGCUGUUUAAGCUGUACCAUAAUGAAGCAGAGAUUGACGAGCUGGCUGACGAACUGCAGAAGAAGACCAAUAUGUUGGAGAAGGAGAACAGAAGGCGAGAGAGAAUCGAGGAGGAAAUCAAAGAGAAGAAGAAGGAACAAGGGAAAGUGGCCCGGGAACUGACCAAAGUGGAGCAGUCCAUCAAAGAGUCGGAAGUAGAACUGAAUAAGAAGAGACCAUUAUACAUCAAGGCGAAAGAAAAGACCUCCCACAUGAUUAAGAAAUUGGAUGCAGCUAAGAAGUCUCUGAAGCAAGCCAAGAAGAGCCAUGAAAAUCAUGAAACAGAGAUCCAGGAAAUGGAGAAAGAACUGGAGGAGGUAGAGAAGAAACAGCAGGAGUUUGAGAACCAGAUAGAGGAGGAGUCUCAGUCCCAGGGACGGGACCUGGACCUAGAGGAGAACCAGCUUCAAGAAUAUCAUCGCUUGAAAGAGGAGGCAGGUAAGAAUGCCGCCCGCUACAUGCAGGAAAUGGACUCCAUCACUAGAGAGCAGAAGUCAGACCAGGACCGCUUUGACAAUGAGAACCGAAAAAAGAAUGAGCUGAUCGCUAAAAUCAAACAAAAGGAGAACGAGAUGGAGGAGAACAGGAAGAGAGUGGAGAAGCUGGAUGAUUAUGUCAGGACCAGUGAGACAGCAGUGGCAGACCUGAAGAGGUCUGAGAUGGAGUUGUCUGAGCAGGUUGAGACGGCUAACGUCAGGGUCAACGAGAUCAAUGAUGAGCUGGCCUCCAUCAUGGAACAGCUUGGGGAAGCCAAGGUGGACAAGCACGAGUCGUCAAGGGCCAUCAAAAAGAAGGAGUUACUGGAGAACCUCAGGCGCCUCUUCCCAGGAGUGCAUGGACGACUGAUUGACCUUUGUGAACCAAGCCACAAGAAAUACCAGAUAGCCAUCACCAAAGUUCUGGGUAAAUACAUGGACGCCAUUGUGUGUGAUACAGAAAAGGCAGCCAAAGACUGCAUUCAGUACAUGAAGGAUCAGAGAAUUGAACCAGAGACCUUUUUACCACUAGACUAUCUGGAUGUAAAACCUGUUAAUGAAAAAUUGAGAGAGAUUCGAGAGCCAAAGAAUGUGAAGUUGGUGGUGGACGUGAUCCGAUACGACCCGCCCUCCAUUAAGAAGGCCCUGCUGUUUGCCUGUGGGAAUGCCUUGGUGUGUGACACAGUGGAGGAUGCCAGGCAUGUGGCCUUUGGAACACAUGACAGACACAAGUCUGUGGCUCUGGAUGGAACUCUCUUCCAGAAGUCGGGAGUCAUUUCUGGUGGUGCAAGUGAUUUGAGGGCCAAGGCCAGGCGUUGGGAUGAGAAGCAGUUAGGACAGUUAAAGAACAAGAAGGAGAAAUUGUCUGAGGAGCUGAAAGAGUCGGUGAAGCAGAGGAGGAAGGAGUCAGAACUCAGCACCAUGAGGUCCCAGAUCAAGGGCUACGAGACUCGACUCAAGUACUCCAUCACUGACCGAGACAAUCUAUUGAACAAGCAGCUGACUCAGAAUGAGAAGGACCUGAGUAUGUACAACCAGAUGUUGGAGCAGUAUGAUCCCAGAAUGCAGGAAAUCGAGAAGAGGAUGAUGGAGCGAGGUCAGCAGAUGAAGAUCCUGAAGGAGAAGAUGAACAGGGUAGAAGAUGAGGUCUUCCGUGACUUCUGUCUGAUGCUUGGGGUCAGCAACAUCAGGCAAUUUGAGGAGAGAGAGUUGCGGUCACAACAGGAAAGGGCCAAGAAAAGACUGGAGUUUGAGAACCAGAAGUUCAGGCUACAGAACCAGAUCGAGUUUGAGAGAUCUCGAGAUACAAUAGCUAAUGUAAGAAAGUGGGAAGCUGCUUUCAAAAAUGAUGAAAAGGAGUUGGAAAAAGUGAAGAAUGAUGAAGCCAGGCAUAUGAAGAUCAUCGAGGAAGCCAUGGACCAACAGGAGAAAGCCAAGCGGCAGAGGAUAACCCUGAAGUCACAGGUGGACGACUUUGAGACGGAGAUCAGCGAGAUCAAGAAGAGGCUGAACAACCAGCAGAAGGAGAUGGCUAACGCCCAGAAACAGAUCACCAUGGUGGAGACCAAGCUGGAGCAGAAGAGAGCCGACCGACACAGUCUGCUCAAAGCAUGCAAGAUGGAUGACAUCCGGCUGCCGAUGAGGAUGGGUACAAUGGAUGACAUUAGUCGGGAGGAUGAGCCAUCCAGUCAGCCGGACAGUCAGUCUACCGCCGACACGCCCCUCGACAGCAUGAGCUCCCAGGGACAGAAGGCCAUCUACGCAAAGGAGGCCCAGAUACAGAUCGACUACAGCUCCCUGGACGAGGAUGUCAAAGAGCUGGAUACUCCAGAAGAUGUCAAAAAACAGACAGAGAUCAUGACAAAAGCACUCAGCGACAUGAAUUCCAAUCUUAAUCGAAUUAAUGCACCCAACAUGAAGGCAAUGGAAAAGUUGGAUGGUGUCAGAGAGAGGUUCCAGGAAACAUCAGAAGAAUUUGAGAAUGCCAGAAAAAGGGCCAAGAGAGCCAAACAAGUUUACGAAAAAGUUCGCAAAGAGAGAUACGACAGAUUCAUGCAUUGCUUUGAGCAUGUUUCGACACGGAUUGAUGAAAUUUACAAGGCACUUGCUAGAAAUCAGAGUGCCCAGGCAUUCUUAGGACCAGAAAACCCUGAGGAACCCUAUUUAGAUGGCGUCAACUAUAACUGUGUGGCACCUGGUAAGCGGUUCCGACCUAUGGACAACUUAUCAGGUGGAGAGAAGACAGUGGCUGCCCUAGCUCUAUUGUUUGCCAUUCACAGUUACCAACCAGCACCAUUCUUUGUGCUAGAUGAGAUCGAUGCUGCCCUUGAUAACACAAAUAUUGGCAAGGUGGCCUCCUACAUCUGUGAGCAGUCCAGGGCCUCAUUUCAGUGCAUUGUUAUCUCCCUGAAAGAAGAGUUCUACAACAAAUCAGAUGCUUUGAUUGGAAUUUAUCCUGAGCAAGGGGACUGUGUCAUCAGUAAUGUGCUGACCCUUGACCUCAAACAGUACCCAGACUCCCAUCAGGAGGAUGAUGGCUUCCAGGGAAUCCCUCGGUGACCUCAAGGUGCCCCAGACCUACGUAAUACUGCCAUUGUUGUUAUAAGAUAACUCACUUAAACAUUAUGACAUCGUGUUUCAUCAUAGGUUGCCCCGUCAUGUUAAACUUAAAUCUGUUGUCAUUUUUUGUGUAAAAAAAAUGUUUUCAUGAAAUUUGUAACUGUGUAAUUUCAUUUUAAUGGAUUUCUUCUAUUGUACAUAGUAGAUUACAAAUUUUAAAAAUCAUUCAGUUACAUUUUUGUGUACAUGUAUGUGUUUUGAUCUGAAAUUUAGUUUUUUUUGACCUACAUGUAUGUAUUUUGCAUUUUAGACUUGGUCGUUGUAAUAAUAUAGUAAAUGAUGUACUAAACAGAUAAAGAAUACACUGUAUGUCUGUGAAAAUUGUUAAUUUGUUUCUUUACAACAUACAUUUAUAUAAAGGUGGUGUUUUUUCAAUCUCUAAACUUUGUACUGUGCAAGUAUAAAUUACUUGAUACCUGGUAAAUGACAAACUUUCAAAAGUGAAAACAGAAAGCUAAAAAUCAUGCAUUUUGUUGUAUAAUUUAUAUUUACAUAAAUGUGUUUAUGUACAUAACAUCAAUUAAUUUUUUCAAUUAAGAUAAAAUCUAUACAUGAUAUUUAAAUACAGUGUACACAACUCAUUUGUAAUUCAAAAAUAUCACAGAACUUUUGUUUCCAACAAAUAAACUUCUCAAAGUA